AAAUAGGCUGUCUUCGCGUAGCGACGGGGAGGGAGAACUUUUUCUAGUUGUUGCCCUUGAAAUAGAUGUGCUGGAAUAGAUCUGCUGAGGAAAAGUGGAUUUGAGUAACUGCACAAGCUGCAGUGUAUUGAAUGCUUAUGUACGUAUUUCAGGGGGAUUGCUGGAGAAUUGUUGGAAAUGAUCUUUAAAGCAUUAUUAUUUAAUAUUAAUUAACUUGGUUAAAAGCUUGGCUCUUCUGCAUCAGUCAGUUUGCACGAAUACAGAUCUACAGGGAAAGUAUAUUGUUACAGGUUAGUAAUUGGUUAUUAAUAUUGGAAGGAACUUAGGGUUUACAGAGGCAUGAGAGUGGCAGAAUGUGGCAGAGUCUGUGUCUCUGCCAGUUCAGGGAGGAAUGGAGAAAGUGUGUGUUGGCAUAACUGAAGUUAAGGACUUCAGGUGUUAUAGGAAGGACACAUCCAGGCCAGUGUGCUUUUUUGCUUUGUUAUUGAAAAUGGAAUAUUACUAAGUGAGAUGACUGAAAGGUAGCAAAAUAAACCUGAUUUGGAAGACAUUGAGAUACAGAAUAAGGGUUGAAGAUUUCAGCAUAGAACUGUCUUCAGACAGUCUCGAUUUAUAGGCUAAAAUUUCCAAGUGCUUUUGUUGAUGCAAACUGUGAACUAUUGCUGAAAUUAUGUUCCUAACAGUGAUACGAAUUAUCAUCUGUGCUGCAUGAAUGGAAUUGCUGAGCUGCCUCCUGGUACAACCAGUAUUUUAAAUUUCUCCAUCUGUAUACCCAGCACAAACUCACAUUUAUCUAAAAAUGUGUGCCUGUAUAAUCUUUCUUAAAGUCUUCAGUUCAUUUGCUUUGUACUGAAAGAAAAGCUGCAGAGAAAAUAGUCAAGGGAGUUACACGAGUUUAUUCUGUGAUGACAAUCGGAGCUGGUACAGUUGCUAGGUAUGUGUGAGUGAGGAUGGUUCCCGUUCACCGCAUGGACUUGCGGCCCAAAAUAGUGUCGCGGCUGGCAUGCGCGGGCAGCGCGGGCACCGCUGCUGCCCCUGGCUUGCCAGGGCCCUUGCCCAGCCUGAGGGGGAAAGAUGCAGCCUGCUCUGCCGUCAGCUGCCACGUUCCACGGAGAAGGCAGGGUACAAGACGCUCAGUAUGGGACCCGUAGAAAGGACUGACAUAGGGUUUGGCUAUAUUUUUUCAUAACUGUGUGAAGCUAUAAAUCUAACGGAUGCCUGUGCCGCCACCGCCGCCACCACCUCCUCCUCCUCCACCACCUCCACCACCUUCUGGAGGGCCCCCUCCACCACCACCUCUGACAAGUUCAGAACUACCAAAACUGCGAAAGGAAGACCAAAAAGCACGAAGUGCGCUGUUAGCUGAUAUCCAGCAAGGGACUCGCUUAAGAAAAGUGACUCAAAUCAAUGACCGAAGUGCACCACAGAUUGAAAAACCCAAAGGAACUAACAGAGAUGGAGUUAAUUCAGCCAUUAACAAAGGUGGUUCUCAGCAGCCUCUGGGAGGCUUAUUUGCUGGUGGCUUUCCUGUUCUCAGACCAGCAGGCCAGAGGGACAUGCCAGCUGGGAGGUUUGGACAGCUUCCUGGGGUCCGAGCAGCGCCUCCCAAGACUGCAGCCCCACCAAACAGCACGGCAAAGGCGGGCAGUAACCCUGUGCAUCUGCCCGAUGGUCCGAAGGCAGCUGCCCUGCCAGAGCCGCCCAGCACUUCGCGGCCCGGCCCGGCCCGGCCCAACCUGCCUGCCCCUCCUCCACCGCCUCCUGCUGCCAGCAAACCUUCCCUCACUUUCCCUCCUCCGCCACCUCUUCCCCCUCCGGUGGAAAGGCCUUCCAAGGGGAUAGCGCCCGGCUCCACUCCUCUGCCACCACUCCCUUCUCCUCAGGCUGACAAACCUGCAAAGUUUCAAGCAGCCGCUUCACACCCACCCCCGCCACCUCCUCCCUUGCCCCCUAUGCUCCCCUGUGGAUUUCCAGGCAGGACGACUGACUUCUCUGCUGCUCAUUCCUCUCUACCUGAAAUAAGGGAUUAUCCACUGCCCACACCACCCCCACUGCCAUCCCCUCUGCCCACCACACGUUCCCAGUCCACAAACAGGCUCUCCUUCCCACCCUCCCCAGCCUUUAGCAGUGCUAUAAGCAGUGGUGAUGCGCCCCCUCCACUGCCCCCCAAGUCUCCGCACUUGCUGUCGCACUUGCAUAAGCCUAAUAUUCAGUCGCUCCCUCUUCCUCCCACCCCCACCCUCUCUCAGCCAGCGGUGGUGGUGGAGACCAGGAAGAAGAGACCAGGUCGAGGCGCAGGAACUAGUGCUGGGAAGCUAAUGACUCCUCCACAGCCACCAGCAAGAUCACCAACAACUGAACUUACAAGCAAGUUUGGAGUCUCAGCCUGGGCAACAGUUCAUGACCCUUAUCCACCUCUUAGAAAUGGAAAUAUGCAUAUCAUUGAUGACUUUGAAUCUAAAUUUACCUUCCAUUCUGUGGAAGAUUUCCCCCCACCCGAUGAAUUCAAACCAUUUCAGAAAAUUUAUCCCAGCAAGAUAGCUAGAGGUAAGUGUGUAAACAUGAGGAGGUCUGAUAUUUAUCCAAAAGCAUUAAAAACAGGAAGUGAAAAUAAAGAACACAGACCAAUGUUAAGAUGAAAAACUGGUUGCUACCGGUUGCUACCACGUAUACAAAGAGGACUGGGAUUUGUUACAGUGGUAAUGAAGAGCAAAGAUUCAGUAAUGAAGUGUUUUUCAUUUUAAAAUGUUAGUGCCAAAAAAAUAAAAUGAAGUGGGUUGGCAUGUAGUUUAAUUGUAUUCUUUGCAUUAAGUUACAGAGUGCCUUGAAGUUGAAAACAAUGUAAUAUAAAAAGCCUGCUAGUGAGUUGGUUUUCUCUGUUCAUAAACUUGUGAAAUCACAAAGGAAAGGUGGUUAUAUCUUAUACCGAUAAGAAAUUUUAUAUUUGAUCCACAUAUUUCAUCACGUUUUCAUUUAAAUCCUAAGCAUGGUGUUUAAACACCUGAAUAACAAAGGCACUCAGUACCUGAACCUCCACAGGAAAGUAGGGAAUGACAGAACCUUGCUUUGUUUGUGCUUAGCUUAGAAACUUAUUAUCAGGUCACUGUGGAAAAAGCAGAAGUUCACACUUCCAGCUUUGAAAACUGGCAUUUGAAGGUGCCUAAAGAUAUCAGGCCUAUAUUCUGCUUUUUAUAAAACCCUGUAUUUUCUCUAUUACUAGAGCAACUGUUUAUCACCAACUCUUCAUUAAGUUCUUCCCUGUCAAGGUACUUUGCAUUGCUUUUCAUAGCAGCUUAAGUCAGUCUAAAUCAGCUGCUGUGGUUCCCCCACCUGCCCUUCCACUUGCACCUUUAUGAUCGUAUAGCAAGAUGAUUUGAUCACAGACUUUUUUACUAAAGGGCUACAGACCAUGAGCAAUAUAUAUCAGUUCAAGGGCAGGAGGAGAUAAAUGCAGUAUUCCUUACUUGAUUAACUGCUGUGGAACUACAUCCAAAGUAUGUAUCCAAAAUAUGUAUUUAUUUACUCUGAUUAAACCUGUCCUAUCUAUUUACAGAUCCCUCUAAAAAUCCUCCAUUAAGAACACAUGUGAGAUGAGAAGAGUCUUCUGAUGCUCUCUGGAUUGGAAUUAAAAAUGGAGAACAUCAAGAUAAUAUAUGAAAUAGAAGGGGGUCCCCUUUACAAUGAUAGAGAUUAUAUUUGAAUCACAAGUGCUGCAGUGUUAACAUUUCUAUAAACUGGAAGAGAAAUUUAAAUGACGCUUUUUGAACUAGCCUAUGCACCACAGGAAUGUUAGCACAGGCUUUUAACUCAUUGUAUAUAUGUGGAUAUUUUUUUAAGCAAAGCAUCCUAAGCUUUAAAUUCUUUGUGGUGUUCAAACGAUUCUCAUUUUAAUCAUGGCUGACAUGAUACCUCAAGUAUAAUUUUUGCAUUAAAUGGCUGUAGUUCAUUUUUCUCCCCUCCAUCAUCAUUUUUUUUAUUUUGGAAACCCUCCAGAGUUAUUUCUCAGAUAUUUUUCAAUGAACUAUCAGAAACUAAUGUGAUACCUUUAGUCUCUUUGUAUAUUUCUUCGCUUCUUGUAUUCUGCCUAUCCUCAAGUUGCAGCAGAAUUGCACCUUCAUCAACAGAUGGGCCCGCAAUCCUUUUCUCACUGAGCACAAAGAGGGAGAGGAUACUGGGGUGCAGCUGUUCUUUAGCCUACCUCCUAUUGAUCACACAGCCUUAUAGGAUGGUAAACACAUCUGAAGGUGCCCUGAAGUAUGUAUAUAAGGGCAUGUGUCUUUUGCUGCUGGCAAGGUGGAUAUUAACCAUGUAUGUGACAAGUUGUCUUUACCCCAGCAGGAGAAAAAGGCUUUUGGAGCCUGUCUGAGAAGCCCAACACCUACAUUUUAGAAAAGCAAGUGAAGCUACUAUUGUUCACUCACAUUGAGCAGCAAUGAGGAUGCAUUGUCCAAAACAACACAUGGAACAAGCAAUCCACAAAGUGGUUGUUCCUUUGAAUAGAGUUGGUUGAGAAAGUAACAGCCUAUUAGGGAACAAGAUUCAAGCUUCCACUUUUAAUGUGCAGCUGGUGGUGAGGUCUUUGGAUCACCAGUGUUCAGAUCUAGGCAUCAGGUGUCUGUUUCCAGCAAAAUACUCCCUACAGUUUUCCUGGGUAGUUCAGUGUGACUGGUUCACCAACUUGAAUAAUGGCAUUGCUCUGUCAGGAUGAGCCUGAUAGUAAGUCAGGCUAUUUAAGGUUAAGAUAUUAUUUACAUAAUUUAAAUUCCUCUCAGCAGCAGCUGUAAUAAACAUAGGCGACAGGUAAAGAUCCUUCCCCAUUGCCAUGUCUUUGAACAGCAGUAUUUGGGAGAGGUAACUGCAUCCUUAUAUCUCUCUGCUUUUUUCUUAGAUGUUGCAACAGCUCAGCUAUGCUGUGACUCCUGCACCCAUACGCAUGCUUGUGAUGUGGUGAUGGUGUAAGGGUAAAAAAGCAUUUGAAGCUCUUCCACUCACAGGACUCUGAAGUGUCAUUAAUCUUUUUCCAGCCCAUCACAAUACCUUGCUGUUCUUCAUGUGAAAAGGAAAAAAAAAAAAAAAAAAAAAGUAGUGAUGCUUUGACCAGUACUUUCUUCCACCAGUAUUAUAGUUACUUGAUCAAUAUGCAUGAAAUAUGGUAAUAAGCAGGGGGUCAGCACAUACACUGCUUCUCUUGAACAACUGCAAAAGUUUAAUAGUGCAUUGAAGAAUGUUUUGUUACAGUACUAUUAAAAGUGACAUUGCUGGUCCUUAUCUGUAUUUCAGAUUUGUAUACAGCUGUGUAAUAACUACUGUUAUAAGGAUUUUAAAGCUAUUCAGGUAUCUUCUGGCAGGUGGUCUGAACAUUAAAGGAGAAAAACAUUUUACUCCUACUUUUAUUAUGAAUAGAGGUAUUUUAGAAGCAAAGAACAUCUUUUAGAUAUUAAACUGGAAAGCCUGUGCACACUUGCAAAUGUUAAAAAUGCUUAUGUAAUGUUAGUAAAGUGCUAUUUGAAUACACACUGAAUCCCCACUGCUGAAGAUCCAUUGCAACUUCAGAAGCUGCUAGCACCUGAGCGUACAGGGACUCACACUGUAACCUAGCAGGAGUUAGUCCCACUGUGUAUCCAAUGCACUUGCACUGUUCUGAGCCACAGCCAUGCUCAAGACCCAAGGAAGUCUCAGGCCACAGGGUGGCUCUGGUUUUCUCAGAGUUGUAGGACUAGUGAUUGCACUCAAGCAUGUUGCUGUAGCCCACUGUUUAUUUUUUAAUGCACUAUACAACUGAAGCAAAAGCAAUAUACUACUAGAAACUCACUGCCUGGAUCACUGUGCCAAAAUCAAUUUUAGUUGUCAUUGAACAGCUCCCAAAAAGGACAAAUUCCCACAAGCUGAUUGCAGAUGGUUGUUGUUUUGCUUCUUCUCUUAAAAAGCAGGCAAAUAAGAUGUUGUUAGCUGGAACACCCUCCUAUUGCAUUUUGCCUCCCUCCCACCUCCAAAGGUUGGAAGGCUGAACUGUGCAGAAGAGCAGUGUGAAGUGAUGCAUCCUAAUCUCUGUUCUCUGGCUGGGACAGUCAUUUUAUCCCUCUUCUCUCCUGUUCACAAAUACCCAGCUACUCCUAUCAUGGUGCUAAGCUCCCAGCAAGCAACAGCUUUAAAGUUCAACUUGCCCUGUGUUAAAUAAACUCUGAUUAGGACUAUUUUCAUUCAAAGCACCCUUUCAUUCCACAAGUGGAUUUCAUGGGAAAUCUAUUUACUUAAUUGUGGACUGUUAGCGAAAGCACACUGCUCUUUCAGCUAACUUCAUCCAGGACAAAACCAUCCUAAAUGGAGUGUGCUCCUUGCCAUCACUAUUCUGGCUAGGAAGAGAGAAGUUAAGGUUUAGUGUUUAUUUGCCUAUUUUCUCUUUCCUUUAUCGACAGUUUCAGAAUACCUAGGCAUAAAAACUGAAAUUAAUAAGAAAGAUCUGGCCCUCUACAGCUGUUCCUGCAGUAGAGAGCAUGAGAGGGGUAUCUUGUGUGAGAAGACAAUGAGGCAGGCCAUCAGAAAAAAAAAAAACUUCAUGUUUACUUUCUUCAAGUGAACAGGCUCAAUACUUUCAUUUUCAAUUAUCAGUAUUGUCAUAUAAGGCAAUACUGAAAUAAUGAUUCUGAACAGAGUAACUUCAUUAAAAAAGUAUGAGAAUUCAGUGUGACAAUACCACUGUGCCUGUAUUUCCCUAAUUCACAACUCUCUCACAGUUUCAAGUUGAAAUGUUGCCUUCUAGAGGAGCUUUUAGCUCCUUAAAAGUCUGUGGUUUGUAAUUAUCCCCAUUCCUGAACAACAAUGGAUUUGAACUCCAUAUGCUAAUUUCUACCUAUUAAAAGUAUGGACUUCUUGUCUGUUCCUCCUCCCAUUAAAAAAGAAUAUGACACAGAA